AUGAAAAUACUGAUGGAAACAAGAAAAUUACGCACAGAAAAAACUCCUUAUCGUUGGGAUACUGAUACAGUUCUGGGUAGUCAUACAUUAGGUAAACUUAUCUUUGAAUAUCCAGAUUUAUCUAGUAAUAAACUUGAGCAUAAUGAUGUUUUUAUAGGACGAUUCUUUGAAAAUACUGAGCGUUCCGGUGAAACAGUAGGAGAUAUAUGGAAUGAUUAUCAAAUUAAUCUUCCAGCUGGUGAUAAAUUUAUAUCAUGCAGGAAUUGUGAUGGUGAUGGGCGAAUUAAUAAUAAAACACAGUACUGUUCACAUUGUAAAGGUGCUGGUAAAAUACUUUGUCCUGAUUGCAAAGGAUACGGAGGUUUUCGACAUUUACCAAUGUUAACUGUUAAAUGGUUCUCUCGAUCUUCAACAUGGUUUUAUCAAAACUCGUUUCUGCAUCACAAGAGAAUACGUAAAGGACAACGAACAAUUUUCUGGUCUGCACAACAAGUUUCAUGGUCAAAACAAUCUUCAAUAGAACAUUUUGUACAAGCAAUAUAUGAAGAAACACCUGAUAUUCCUUUGAGAGAAAAUAUCAUCAAAGAUUAUAAUGAAAAACAUCUCAAUCCGACAAGAAAUAAAUACAAUGCUAUGCGACGCAUAGAUUUUAUAAUCGAACGUCUAGGUUUUGAUGAAGUAAGCUACACAAUGGGACAAAAUUAUAUUAACAAACGAAAUCCCACAUCAGGCAUGAAGUCCUAA